UGCUCAUAUUCCUCACUGUCCUGUCUUUCUCCCAGGUGUGCUGACUCAGCUGUGUCGCUAACAUUAGUGCUAGCUCAAGCUGCACUUGAUUUUGAAAACAACUCAGUCAGUUUGCAGCAUUUUUCACUGCCAGCCAACAGUGCUCUCUUAGAUUUCUCUCAUUUACUCUGCUCGCCCUUUGUGUCUCUUGAUGCCUCAAUUCAUAUUUUGCUAGCUUAAUCUCAGUCAAUUUCCAGCUUCCAAUCUCCAACUUCCCACACCCACGCAGACGUGGUCUACUCGAUUCAGUCUUCAUAUUCCCAGAAGAAAGCACAGCACUUGCCUGACACUCUGGAUAAACAUCUCCUUAAAGUAAAUACUGUGAGAGCUGGUCAGCCUCCUCAAAUAUCAAGAAGAGAAGGAGACACCAAAGUGAGUAACCAUCAAAGGCUCAUUCAGCAUCCAUUACACACUUCAGCAGACCAACUGUCACUAUGAACCCACGGCUGACCAAGAGCCAGCAGGGAACAAUCUGCUCCCAGCUGGGGAUAGUCAGACUCCAGCUGCUGUACAAGGCCAGCAUCCAUGGUUUCACCGGAGCAGCCUUCCACCAACAAUGUGACACCCGCAGUCCCACAGUGUCUGUGGGCUAUAACGCCUCUGGUUCUGUGUUCGGAGGUUACACCAAACAACCUUUUAGUCAGUCUGGACAGUUUGUGUAUGAUGACCAGGCCUUUCUUUUCACUUUCAGUGGAGAAAAGCUCCUCAAAUAUCCAGUCACUGGUGCUGCUAAUGCAGUGAAAAUGAUCAAUAACGAUGGUCCACAUUUUGGAGAUGCAUUGGUUCUUGUCCAUGGAAGCAAGCCUGUUGUCUAUAACAAUCCAGGAAAGUUUUACAACUUCAGUGCUGCAGAGAUGCAUGGCAACAACCUCAACCUGACUGAGUGUGAAGUCUAUCAAGUGGAGGAGACCAAAGAACUGGAGAGGCCAUGGAGGACUGUAAUCUGGGAAUCUGAGAUGAGGACAGAGCUGAUAGAGAGUAUUAAGAGCUACAAGCCGUCAGUCAGCUCUGUGUCCCAGGUUCGGGUUCUGCUCAUUGGACCAGCUGGAGCUGGAAAGUCGAGCUUCUUCAACUCUAUCAACUCUGUAUUCAGAGGCCACGUCACCAGCCAGGCCAUCUCUGGCAUCUCCACCACCAGCCUCACCACACAGUUUCGCUCCUACUCUUUGAAAGCUGGACGAGAAGGAAAGCCUCUGCCAAUCAUCUUGUGUGAUACCAUGGGACUGGAGGAAAACGCAGGGUCUGGGCUUGCUACUGAUGACAUCAGCAACAUCCUUGAAGGUCAUCUGCCAGAUCGAUAUCAGUUCAACCCCUCAGCUCCGCUGCAUUCGGAGGCCCACGGCUACUGUAAGUCUUCGGACCUUAAGGACAAGAUCCACUGUGUGGCCUAUGUCACUGAUGCCUGCAGCGUCUCCAUCAUGUCCACAAAGAUGGAGGAGAAGCUGGAAGCGACCCGCAAAAAGGUCAACUUAAUGGGGAUUCCUCAGCUGGUCCUGCUCACUAAAGUAGACGAAGCCUGCCCUUUGGUGACGGAGGACGUGAGAAACGUUUAUAGGAGUUACUACAUUAGGCAGAAGAUGCAGGAGGUCAGCACUCGGCUCGGUGUGCCUCUGUCCUGUGUUGUUCCGGUGAAGAACUACAGCGAGGAGUUGGAGUUGGAUCCAAACUGCGACAUCCUGCUGCUCUGCGCUGUCCAGCAGAUGCUUCGCUUUGCUGAUAAUUACUUUGAUGAGAUCAGCGACCAAUUGAGCAACAUGGAAGUCAAAGAAUAGGAAGCAUUUGUGCAGCAGAUAUAAUAACCUGAGCAUCUGUAAUAAAAUGUCCCUCAACAUGA